AUGCUGACAUCAGCAUCACGUCUCAGCCGCAGCGCUGCGCAUCAAGCAGCGAUAUCCCUGAUUGCUCGUUCCGCUAUCUCCAAAAACGUCUCCUCUGCCCGAACUCUGACCGCCUCGGCUCGCACAUGUUCAUCUGGCAGACGCAUGGUCAGCUUCGGUCAUUCGCGCCACUACGCUACCUCUACUACCCCCACAUCAUCCUCUCUCGACCCAGCAGAUGAGGAAUCACAACGCUUCCUCGAGGAAGGCACCACGCAUCUUGAAGCAGGCGAUCUUGCUCGUGCCAAAGAGUCGUACCAACGCAGCCUUUCUAUCAAACGGAAUUCGUCGGCGCUGUUCAACCUCGGCGUCUGCCUCUACCAUGACCGCGAUCUUGCUGCCGCCAUCGAAGCGUGGAAUGAGUCGCUCGAGCUCGCUCCGGAAUCUGCAGACGCACAUACCAACUUGGCGUCGGCCUACGUGCUGAGCAAACCGUCGCGUCCAGAUCUGGCCGUCUCGCAUCUCAAGACGGCGGCGAGCAUCACACCGGAAGACCCCGAGAUCCAGUACAACUUGGCGGCGGUGCUCGAAGCGUGCGAACAGCUCGAGGAGGCGCUAACCGCUUACAAGAGGGCGUUGGAGGGUGGCAUUCAGAGGGCAGAGCAGAACAUUCGCAAUUGCUCGGCAAAGUUGCUCAGCGCUAAGUUCGCGGUGCAGCAACAGCAGGAGGAGCAGCAAAAGCAACAGGAAGCUUCGAAAAACGUCGAGUGA